AUGCAAAGGGGGCAUUUAUACCAGGUUUCUAUACACAAGUAUGUCGCUUUGAGCCAUUCUGCGCUGCUCCUUUUUGGCACAGUUACCAAACGACACAUCUGCACAUGUGAUGGAGAAGCGGUCGUGCAGACUGUGGAUUUAUUGAUUUGUUGGGUGAGCUCUACCAGCAAGUCUGUUGCCGCAACGAUUUGUUACGCUAGACAGCAGCUUUGCUUUUCUAGCUCGCUUGUUUUGGUGGUGGACGGCACCCGUCCUUGUUUCGCAAGAGGAGCUCAGAAACCGGUGUCAUGCUCUCGUUCCACCAUGUAG